UCUGUUCAAGGAAUCAAAAGAAAAGAUGUACUUCAUUCGCUUACGUCCUAACAGGUCACGAGUUCAUGCUAUUAGACUAGAUAGAAUGAAUGUACUUAAGUACGCAACUUCAGGUUACGGCAACCAUUCUUCAAGUCGAGAUUCGACGCCGAAUAAUUCUCAACACAAGCCUAAAUCUUCGCAGAAUUCAAAUAACAAACAUCACGAAAAGAUUGACAGCAAAAAUGAGAAAAAUUUUGAAGAUAACAAGAUUCCAAAAUAUCGUCGAGCUCUUGAUCACCAAGCAAAAGAUGAUCUCGUUGAUGGAUCAUAUUGGAGCGAGCCUGUCGGAUCAAAAAAGUAUGUAAAAAAAAUAACAAUGAAAAAGUUCGUUUACUGA